CACAUUUACCAUCGAUAAACAAGCUAAAUCCAAACCAACCUUCCUUUCUCAUUCUCUCUGCAAUUCCCAUUACAAUUUGUUUUAGUGAAAACUCAUCAUGGAUUCUCCCACCAACGUCCCUAGAUGGACACCAAGUUCAUCACGAUCACGGCCAAAAGAUCCUAUAGAUAACCUUGAGGUGCGAAGCCUUUCUUUCUCAGCAGAAAACGUUUUUGAUCCUUCUGCCAGGGAAAUAAGCUUCCCAUUUAGCGCUGGCCCAAAAGUUCAUUCAGAUAAAUCAGAAGCAAUCACUGGGAGGCUCGAGACGGAAGCAGUUGGUGGACCCAAUAGAAAAAAUGAUGAGUUGAUUGAUUAUACAUCAACAAAAGCAAAUAGUGGUAUUUUCUUAACAUGGAAGGACCUUACGGUUACUGUUCCUAGUGAGAAAACUGGCCGCCGAGCUAUUUUGCAGAAGCUUACAGGGUAUGCUGAGCCUGGAAAGAUUUUGGCCAUUAUGGGUCCUUCAGGUUCUGGCAAGUCUACACUUCUGGAUGCAUUGGCAGGAAGACUAGGUUCGAACACACAGCAAACAGGGGAGAUCCUCAUCAAUGGUCGUAAAGAGGCACUUGCUUUUGGAACUUCGGCCUAUGUGACUCAAGACAAUACUCUAAUGACAACAUUAACCGUAAGAGAAGCUGUAUACUACUCAGCGCAGCUCCAACUCCCAGACUCCAUGCCCAAAUCCGAGAAGAAGGAAAGAGCCGAAAUGACAAUUAGGGAAAUGGGUUUGCAAGAUGCUAUGGACACCAGAAUAGGAGGCUGGAGCCAAAAAGGCCUUAGUGGUGGACAAAAAAGAAGAGUUAGCAUUUGCAUUGAAAUCUUGACCCGGCCAAAGCUUCUGUUUCUCGAUGAGCCAACUAGUGGACUAGAUAGUGCAGCAUCUUAUCAUGUCAUGAAACGCAUUGUUAUGCUUGCUCGCCAGGAUGGGAGAACUGUUAUUGCAUCAAUUCAUCAACCUAGCAGUGAAGUUUUUGAGCUCUUUCACAAUCUCUGCCUUCUUUCCGCAGGAAGAACAGUUUAUUUUGGUCCUAUUACAGGUGCAGAACAGUUCUUUGCUUCAAGUGGCUUCCCUUGCCCAAGUCAUAGAAACCCCUCUGACCAUUACUUAAGGACUGUUAACCAGGACUUCGAAGAAGAUGUUGAACAAGGGCAUGGCAGCAUUAGUACUGAGGAAGUCAUUAACAUUCUUGUCAACGCAUAUAAAUCAUCAGAGAACAGCCAGGAAGUUCAACAGCGUGUUUCAGAGAUAGUCAAUCAGAAAGAAGGAACUCUGGAGAAGAAGGGAAGCCAAGCAAGCUUCAUCAGCCAGAGCAUGGUUCUCACAAGGAGAUCCUUCGUGAACAUGUAUCGCGAUUUAGGUUAUUAUUGGCUUCGCUUUAUUAUCUACGUAGCUCUAUGUUUAUUAAAUCCGCCACUGGGAACUAUGUUCCGUGACAUUGGACACGGUUAUGGGUCAAUUCAGGCUAGGGGUUCCAUGCUCACGUUUGUUUCAUCCUUCUUGACUUUCAUGUCAAUUGGAGGAUUUCCUUCUUUCGUAGAGGACAUGAAGAUAUUUGGACGAGAAAGGUUAAACGGACACUACGGUGUUGCUGCAUUUGUCAUUAGCAACUCAGUUUCUUCAGUUCCUUACUUGCUUAUAAUCUCUUUGAUUCCUGGUGCAAUAUCCUAUUUUCUAGUUGGGCUGCAAAAGGAUUUUGACCACUUUUCCUACUUCGCUUUGCUACUUUUUGUAUGCAUGAUGCUAGUUGAAAGCUUAAUGAUGAUCGUUGCAAGCAUAGUUCCGGAUUUCCUCAUGGGAAUCAUAACUGGCGCUGGAAUUAUCGGCGUGAUGAUGUUGGAUGGAGGGUUCUUUAGACUGCCGGAUGAUCUUCCUAAGCCAGUGUGGAAGUACCCGGUCUUCUAUAUUGCUUAUCACAGAUAUGCAAAUCAAGGAUUCUACAAAAAUGAAUUUAAAGGGUUAACGUUCCCCAAUAAUCAAGCAGAAGGACCACCAACAAUCACUGGUGAAGAAAUCUUGGACAGCUUUUGGCAAGUUGAGUUGGGGUACUCCAAAUGGGUUGAUCUUCUUGUUUUGUGCGCAAUGGUGGUUCUGUAUCGUCUCAUGUUUUUGGCAAUUAUUAAGACGGUGGAGAAGGUUAAGCCCCUUAUCAAAACUCUUAUGGCUCCUAAACCAUCGAUUCAGAUUUGGGAGAAUCCCUCCGCUUCUGCCACGCCUUUGCAAUCCGCUACACCUGCAUAACAUACUUCAAGGAUGUGAAGUGAAAUUGAAUC